AUGUGCCGCGUCGUACUGCUCAACCAGACCCAGUACGUCAACCAUCAGUUGGGAGCGGGGCUCCCAAGUAUCCCAGGACGGGGGAUAGUCGCGCCACCGGACGAGAUAACUCGUCCGACGUCCGUUCACGUCGCGGUGGUUCAACAGCUGCUCCAACUAGAUAGCGCUGGCCACCGCGAGAGUCCUCUAAUGGAGGUGGAGGAGGAGGAAAGACGCUCUCCACACGAUCAUGGGGAUCCGUGUGUUCCCGAGAGCUUCUUUGAUCGCGUAACGCAAGAGUUACGCAACGAUCUCGAACAUGAGCGGGACAGGCGUCUCCAAAUGGCCGACACUGUCUCGGAGCAUCGAGCUGAGUUUGCCUUUGCUCAGCUUGAGAACGAGAGAGCUCUGACAUCUCUUCGUAGAAGAGCUAAGGGUAGCUCGUGGGAUUGUUGA